AUGGGUUCAAGACACCUUGACAGUGGGGAGCAGCGGGCCCCGGGGUGGGGGGAGGCAGGCUCGGAUGCUCACCUCGGCCUCGUGCCCCCCCCCCCGUGCUUCACCCCCUCAGAGCUGGACCUCCAGCGGGCCCUUAGCCUGCAGGCCCUGCCAGUGAAGGAGGGGCCCCUCUUCAUCCUCAAGACCAAGGGCAAAGGGCCGCUCCUGCCCUCCUUCAAGAAGCUCCACGUCUCCCUCAGCAGCGAGGCCCUCAGCUUUGCCAAGACGCCCAGCUCCAAGAAAAUGUCCUUCAUCACCCUGGCCAACAUCCGGGCUGCCGAGAAGGUGGAAGAGAAGAGCUUCGGCAACUCCCACGUCAUGCAGAUCAUCUACACGAGCGAAGCCGGCCAGUGUGAGACAGCCUAUCUGCAGUGCAAGUGCAUGAAUGAGCUGAACCAGUGGCUGUCUGCCCUGCGCAAGGUCUGCCUCAACAACCAGGGCAUGCUGGGCUCCUACCACCCGGGCAUCUUCCGAGGAGACAAGUGGAGCUGCUGCCACCAGAGGGAAAAGACAAGUCUGGGCUGUGACAAAACCCGGUACCGGGUGACCUUGCAAGAAUGGAACGACCCCUUGGACCCGGACCUGGAGGCCCAGCUCAUCUAUAGACACUUGCUGGGCGUGCAGGACACCCUGCGUGAAAAGUAUCUGGAGCUGACUGCCCUGGAGGCUGCUGGGAAUAUCCCCAACAUUCAAAGUGAAGCACUGGAUGGCCCCACUCAGCUGUUCCAGGUACUCCAGGCCCUAGAGAACGCCCACCGCUCUGGCCCUCUGACCACUGUGGACCAGGAAAAGAACUAUCUCUUGAAGUUGCAGACGUGAGACUGAGCCCCGCUUCCCCCCCAGCCGAGACCCCAACUCCAUCCGUCCCCCCUGCCUCCUGCUGGGACUAUUUAUUCCCAAGAACUCCCUGUCCUGCUGGCUGCCGCCUAUGGACUCUGCUUUGGAGCUCUGCCUGUGGCCUGGGUGAUCCCCCAGGCCCCCUGGCCUGUGCCCCUGCCCUCCCUUCUGCCCCAAAGCUCAGCCCUUGGCUGCAAGCCAACACCCCUGCCCCAGCCCCCCUUUCCAUCAGCCCCGCAGAGGCCUGAAACUCUACCCUGGGCUUGUGCCGAAGCUUUAUCCAGAGGCUUUGAGAGAGCUGCGGGAGCCUGAAGGCCCUCCUGGGGGGGGGAGAGGACAGAAACAUCCCUGCCCCAAUUUCCUGGGCAGCCGCUCGGUCCCCAGGCUGUGCCCCUGGGUCCAGUUUGGGGUCAAAAGGCAGACUUGGAAGCCCCUGGCCCGCUUCAUCGCUUGCCCCCUUCCUUGGCCCACUCCUAGUUAUGCCCCUGAUUCUAACAUUCCAUGAAGUUCCAAGGGGGGAGCUUGGGAGCUGGGGGGUGGCGGUCAGGGGAGGGAGGGGUGCCGGGAUCAUUUGUGGGGGCUGGAUGCUUCUAAGAAGUCUCCAGCAUCUCCUCCUGGCUCCGCUGACCCUGUGGCUGGUGCCCCGCUCUCCCAGCUUUUCUCCCAUCCUCGGGACAAAGGCCCCCGUGAGCAGAAGGCAAGAGAAGAAAGUGGGCUGCGGUGCCAUCUUCCGUGCCCGCCCCCCGCCCCCCCCAACAUGGGCACUCUGACUCCAAGGGACUUGGGCCCCUGGGGCUCAUGAGGGCCAGGACUCGCAUCCGGCUUCCUGACUCCUCCACGGUGGAGAGGCUCAGGCCAUGCCACUCCCCUCGGCUGGGAUUACUGCAGAUUACAAUAAACUUUCCUUUACCCCUG